UACUGGCUGUUCGGGAACUCAACCCCGCAUACUCGAAAUCAGCUGUAGUGCACGUCGAACCACUUCUGUUCCGCUACUUACGUUUGCGUAGUUUGGUGUGUACGCGGCUGCUGUGGAACUCCCAAAUCGUUAUCAUCCAGAGAAUCUGUAAUCUGUGAACUGUGAAUCUUUUUCAGUUUGGAGCAAAAAAACAUCCGGGCUCGUCAGAUUAAAAUUAAUCCCUCAGUUUAUGAAUUUAAGAACCAUCAUUAGUAAACCCAAUAAAUAGGCUUACCAUAGUGCAAUGGCUGUUCCUACUAGGAUAUUCAAAAUUAUUGGAGAUGGCAUCAAAUUUGGCCAGUCCAUCCGUUUCAACAGCUACGAUUCGACAAGAUGGAAUCUAAAACUAAACGCCAACUCUAAAGUAAUUUGUCAAGGAUUCACAGGAAAACAGGGAACUUUUCAUAGCAAACAAGCUAUAGAAUAUGGAACUAAGGUUGUCGGUGGAGUAUCUCCCGGCAAAGGUGGGAAAACCCAUUUAGAUUUACCCGUUUUUAACACAGUGAAGGAGGCACGCGACGCCACUGGAGCAGACGCUACAGUAAUCUAUGUGCCUCCUCCAGGUGCAGCUGCCGCCAUUAACGAAGCUAUUGAUGCUGAAGUGCCACUUAUUGUGUGCAUCACUGAAGGUAUUCCUCAACAUGACAUGGUCAGGGUCAAACAUAAGCUCUUAAGGCAAAACAAAACUCGUCUCAUAGGUCCCAAUUGUCCUGGUAUCAUUGCUCCAGAACAAUGUAAAAUUGGUAUUAUGCCUGGACAUAUUCAUCAGAAAGGUGUUGUUGGCGUUGUCUCUAGAUCUGGUACAUUGACCUAUGAAGCUGUUCACCAAACUACACAAGUCGGUUUGGGUCAAACUUUGUGUGUCGGUAUUGGAGGUGAUCCAUUUAAUGGGACUGACUUUAUUGACUGUUUGGAAGUAUUUUUGAAAGAUCCUGAAACUAAAGGAAUUAUUUUGAUUGGUGAAAUUGGUGGGGUUGCUGAAGAACAAGCUGCUGACUAUUUGACUCAACAUAAUUCAGGUCCAAAUGCCAAGCCAGUUGUAUCAUUCAUUGCUGGAAUAUCAGCUCCUCCUGGUCGUAGAAUGGGUCAUGCUGGAGCUAUCAUCUCAGGCGGAAAAGGUGGUGCUCAAGAUAAAAUCAACGCAUUAGAAAAAGCUGGUGUUAUAGUCACUAGAUCACCAGCACAAAUGGGUAAAGAAUUAUCACUCGAAAUGAGGCGCUUAAACUUGGUGGCUUAGAUCAGUUCGUAGUUUUCAUUAUUUAUUGUAAAUAUUAAAUGCAUAGUAUAUAAGCACACCCCAUAUUUCAUAUUUAUGAACAAUAAUGACAUAAUUUGAAGGCGUUUUCAAUUGGUUAGAAAACAUCUUUCAUCGUGUAACAAAAUAACACACAUUGUAUUAGUUGAUUUCUAACAAAAUGCAUUUUUCAAUUUCAAAAAUGUUUAAUUCUUCUGACAAGUGUUACACUGUUACAAAGAAUUCAUCAAUUUUAAUUUGUUUAAAAUUGAUCUUAAUACAUAUAAUAAAUGGGU